AUGCAAACUCCAUCCUUGACAUGCAUAUCCUCUAGUACCGAGGAUGCAUAUUUGGAAGGUGUUGAUCAAGAAGACGAAGACUACAGCACUCUACUUUGUCUCGGGCCUCCAGGCCAACAACACCAACCCAAACAUUCCCAUUUUGACCUUCACGACUACUCUAAUUACCAGCAUCCCAAGAACACUUAUCAAAACCCUAAUAGUAGUACCACUGAUGAAGAUCAUGGUGGUGUGACUGUUGCUCUUGGUAUUGGGGUACCAACUACUUCAGGAGCUAGCAGCUCCACCAAUGUUGACCCUAAUACUAUCGGCCGUCUCCCAGAAGGCCAAUAUUGGAUCCCUUCUCCAGCUCAAAUCCUCGUCGGCCCGACCCAGUUCUCUUGCACCGUUUGCAACAAAACAUUCAAUCGAUUCAACAACAUGCAGAUGCAUAUGUGGGGGCAUGGAUCCCAAUAUCGGAAGGGUCCAGAGUCACUAAGAGGGACAAAACCUGCCUCCUCAAUGCUGAGACUGCCUUGUUAUUGCUGUGCUGAGGGUUGCAAGAACAACAUAGAACACCCAAGAUCGAAGCCAUUGAAGGACUUCAGAACACUCCAGACACAUUACAAGCGAAAGCACGGAGCGAAGCCGUUCGGGUGCCGGAUAUGUGGGAAGCCCUUCGCCGUCCGGGGGGAUUGGAGGACUCAUGAGAAGAACUGUGGGAAGCUCUGGUUUUGCAUCUGCGGGUCGGAUUUUAAGCACAAGAGGUCCCUUAAAGACCAUGUUCGCGCCUUCGGAGAUGGCCAUGCACCACAUAGUGAGGACUUGUUUGAGGUUGUAGAAGAUAGUGAUAAUCAUAAUGGACCACCUGCAAAUAUGGAUAGUCAUGGCUCUGUACUGUUUUGA